CGGUCUUUGAAUCAGUCGAGACUUGAACCGGCUGCAAAGUGUGCUUCGGCCAGAAUCAAUGGAGGACGACUAUUCUAGUUCCUUUCUAGUGUAUAUGUGUGCUAUCACAGUGCUAGGCACUGUCGCUUUCCUGAGGCUGUUCAUGCCUGAAGUACAACUGACUCAUCGCCUGAUAAUUUAUGCGAUUCUCCUUCUCCUCCUGGAGAGGAUCUGUUGCAUGUAUCUGGCCGGCUUGUCAGGAGUCCUGAUUUUCACUGCUGUGUGCUUCCUUGCCUUUCAGUCAUUUUCCUCGCCUAAGUUAUCUGUGCAGGGAAAGGCUGUGCUCAUUACAGGAUGUGAUUCAGGCUUUGGAAAGACAAUGGCUCAGCACUUUGACUCCCUGGGCUUUGAAGUGUUUGCUACAGUGCUGAAUAAAAAUGGACCAGGAGCAAAGGAGCUGUCACAGAUGUGCUCAGAACGACUUACCUUAAUUCAGAUGGAUCUCACUAAACCUGAGGAUAUCGAACAAGCUUUGCAAAUCACGAAGGAGAAGCUUGGGGAGAAAGGUUUGUGGGGUUUGGUGAACAAUGCUGGAAUUUGCUUCAACAUUAAUGAUGCUGAACUCUCGGCCAUGUCCAACUACAGAGGCUGCAUGGAGGUCAACUUCUUUGGUACAAUAGCGAUUACAAAGGGCUUCCUCCCGCUGAUACGUAGAGCAAAAGGCAGAAUUGUCAAUGUUUCCAGUCCAGUGGGGGAGAUUCCAUUACCCUUUUUAGCGCCUUAUGGAGCUUCAAAAGCUGCACUCACCAUAUUCACAAACAUCUUACGCCUGGAGUUGAGACACUGGGGAGUGAAAGUUUGCACCAUACUUCCAGCGUUUUAUAAAACAGCUCCAUCGUGUAAUUUUGAGUAUUGGGAACAGCAAGUCCACCAUCUUAUAAAGAGUAUUUCUUCAGAACUGCUCCAGGACUAUGGAGAAGAGUAUAUGUUAGAGACAAAAGACCUGUUCCUGAAAUACAUUGCAACUGCCAGGGAGGACUUUAGCCCUGUCAUUGAAAGUAUCACUGAUGCUAUCCUCUCAAGAAAUCCGAAACCAAGAUAUUACGCGGGCAAAGCAGUUAUUGUUUUGUAUAUUUUUCUCUGUAUUUUACCAACAUCACUCAGUGAUUUAAUUUUCAACAGGUUUUUCUUAAUUAAGAAAGUCUUACCAAAGGCUUUGAAAAAAUAGUACUGUGGUGGCGGGGAGUGUUGGAGGGGAGAAAACAUAUUGUGAAAAAUUUCUCCAAAACUAUCCAUUUUCCUGAUCAAACUCAAUGUGUUAGUUGUUCACUUAAUAACAAUGAACAUGCAUGAACAUAAUUGACUAUGCUGGGAAAACUGAGAUGAGAAAGGAAAGAUGUGAAGUAAAUUUCACUGCACAGUCUGAGUGGUGAAAUCACGAAAGUGCAUUGGACAUCUGUAAUAGAACACCCAUAUCUUUAUUAAUUUUCACCCGACUGAUACCAAUCACUAAGGGUAUAAAAUACUCCCAAGGAUUUAGCACUAGGGCAUUUUGUAUAUAAAAUAACAUCUGUAGAAAUAUAGCUAAUUUUUUUAUUGUUUGUAAUGAUUAUGCCAAAAUGUUCAACAGUAUCCUAAAUUCCAAAUAUUACUUAUCUGUUUUUGAAUAUGGUAUUCUGUUUUAAUAUAACUUAUAACUAUGGGUUAAAUGUUCUGAAAUUCCAUAAGUUGCUUUUUUAUGAAAUGUUAAAUUCUGGCACAUAAAGGGAACAUUUUAUUUGCAGGACAGAGAUUGUAGAAUUAUAGACCUAACAAUGAAAUCUGGUAUAAGUUUUAUAAAUAAUUGCUCUUUGAACAAUUUAGAAGAUGCAGUCUAACUUGUUGGGAAAAUCUGGACUGUUCUAGGUAUAUAGAACAUAGAACAUAGAACAGUACAGCAGAGAACAGGCCCUUCAGCCCACGGUGUUGUGCCGACCAUUGAUCCUCAUGUAUGCACCCUCAAAUUUCUGUGACCAUAUGCAUGUCCAGCAGUCUCUUAAAUGACCCCAAUGACCUUGCUUCCACAACUGCUGCUGGCAACGCAUUCCAUGCUCUCACAACUCUGUGUAAAGAACCCGCCUCUGACAUCCCCUCUAUACUUUCCUCCAACCAGCUUAAAACUAUGAUCCCUCGUGCUAGCCAUUUCUGCCCUGGGAAAUAGUCUCUGGCUAUCAACUCUAUCUAUGCCUCUCAUUAUCUUGUAUACCUCAAUUAGGUCCCCUCUCCUCCUCCUUUUCUCCAAUGAAAAAAGUCCGAGCUCAGUCAACCUCUCUUCAUAAGAUAAGCCCUCCAGUCCAGGCAGCAUCCUGGCAAACCUCCUCUGAACCCUCUCCAAAGCAUCCACAUCUUUCCUAUAAUAGGGUGACCAGAACUGGACGCAGUAUUCCAAGUGCGGUCUAACCAAAGUUUUAUAGAGCUGCAACAAGAUCUCACGACUCUUAAACUCAAUCCCCCUGCUAAUGAAAGCCAAAACACCAUAUGCUUUCUUAACAACCCUGUCCACUUGGGUGGCCAUUUUAAGGGAUCUAUGUAUCUGCAGACCAAGAUCCCUCUGUUCCUCCGCACUGCCAAGAAUCCUAUCCUUAAUCCUGUACUCAGCUUUCAAAUUUGACCUUCCAAAAUGCAUCACCUCGCAUUUAUUUUUGUCUUAAUCUUCAUCAACCUUUUGAAGAGCUUAUGCUUGCAGAUGCAACAGACCUAUGAGCAAAAAAAAGGACUUCUGAACUUAUCAAUGCACACACCUGUUUUUACCAAAUAGUGUCCUAACUCAUUUUACAAAUGUUCUAUUCUCUCCAAUAUAAUGAUGUAUUAGAUCAUGUUCAAAGAUAGAGAUAGAUAAUUUAGUUCAAGACUGGGAAUUUCUUCCAGAUAGGAGGAAUCUUCCACAUCUUCUUCAGAAGAUUUUGAUAAGGGAAUAUUCCUCUUCAAAGUGAUCCUUAUUCUAUUAGGGCCGAAGGGCCUGUUCUGCUCUGUAUUGUUCUAUGUUCUAUGGUCUACACACUAUCCAUUUUCUUCAAAAAAGGAACUAUUUGCAUCCUUCAGUUGUUUCAGCAUCUUAUAAAAAACAACACAUUUUGUUUAAAGCACAUUAAAAAUGCAACAUAUAUUGUCCAAACAAAGCCUUGAUGUAUGUUAUAUUGCUACUUGAUAUCACUUGUUAACAAACCUCUAUCAGUUGAAGCUAGUGAAAGUCAAAACUUUUUGCUAGCUUGAACAAACUGUAAACUACUCGAAUAAAAUUCAACCAUGGAAUGUCCAAAACAAAACAAUGACAAUAAGCAGCAAUAAAUGUGGUCUUUUUUAUAUAUUGUGUAUACGUUUGAUCCUGUGUGUGUGCAUUGUGUAUAUUAUUAAACUGUCAUUUAUGCUUUGA